AGAGAAAGGUAAAAUUGUGGAGACCGGUCAGCAGUGAUUCGCCCGAAUCGGUUAUCAAUAUUGAUUUGAUUCCAUUUCUCGCUGAGCUUGUGAGAGAGAAAUGACCGAAUGCUGUUAUUCACUUCUAAAUCUUCAAUUUUCAUCGUUUCCCAUCACUGAUUUGGGCUCAAACUCUUUUCCUCAACGUUUCCGCAAAACUCUUUCUUUCUCACAUCGCUCAUCGAAGCUUUUACUUUCUGCAAUUUCCCGAACUAUGGAAGCGGUUGAAGGGAGUGAAGGUAGCAGAGGGUCAUCCUCUCCAAUGAAGCUCUUGUUCGUGGAGAUGGGUGUCGGCUACGACCAACAUGGACAGGACAUAACAGUAGCAGCAAUGAGAGCGUGCAAGGAUGCAAUUUCUUCUAAUUCAAUCCCUGCUUUCCGCAGAGGUUCCAUUCCUGGAGUCAGUUUUGGCCAGAUGAAAUUGCAGAUCAAGCUAGGGGUUCCUCAUUCCCUCCAGAAAUCUUUGGAUAUGGAGAAAGUUAAAUCAGUUUUUCCGUAUGGAGAAAUUUUGAAUGUUGAAGUUGUGGACGGUGGUUUGAUAUGCUCAAGUGGGGUGCUUGUAGAGGAAAUGGGUGACAAGAAUGAUGAUUGUUAUAUUGUGAAUGCUGCUGUUUAUGUGGGUUAUUAACUUUCACGUUUUGCAGAGCUUCGUUCGGUUUAUCAUGUUAAUGAACUCUUGAUUUGAACAAUUCAUGCCAACUGCUAUACAAUAACAUGAAAAGUUGUACAUUUCUUCUAUAUUUUAAGAUGGCAUUGAGAGGUAUCAUGUGAGCACUAUUGUAAACUACUUUCAUUGGAUAACUAUAUAGAAAUGUUUUUUUAACAUGCAA